GUUGAGUUGAAUCUUACGUUUAUUUUAAAGGAAACGUCGACGUAGGUGUUUUUCAGAAAAGUUCAGUUUCCGUUAUUGGCUGGUCAAAGCAACGCAACAAAAUUAGUAUUUAUAUUGCUCUUUGUAACUGGUAUAAAGGAGAAUUUGGUUAAAAACAAAAGAAUAACAAAAUAUAUAUCUCAAAGGACUUGGGAGCUAAGGUCACACACAAGGGCUCUAUGUGCUCCACAUUGAUUGUAUCAAACGAUAACACAAUAUUUAGCAGAUACAUAUCAGCACAUUUAAAAGUCAGGACAUUAAGAAAUUAUAGAUUGAUCAACCAUCGUAAACAGUAUGCGCAACGAGAUUACAGCAGCAGUACUAUUCUUAGUACAGCUGAUCGAAAAAAGCGAAAAAUUUAGUCCUGAUCAGCUAGAAUGCUUUCGACGACAUUUAGUGGAAUUGUUGAUGGAUCGUUUCAAAAAUCAUUGGUUUCCUGAUAAGCCAUUCAAAGGUCAAGGUUAUCGUUGUAUUAGAGUCAAUGGCCAUAAUCGUAGAGAUGAAACAUUAGAAAGUGCUGCAAGUGCUGCAGGGGUAAAAUAUGAAGAUUUAUCAUUACCUGUUGAAUUAACACUUUGGGUUGAUCCUAACGAAGUCUGUUGCCGCUUUGGAGAAAGUAAAGGUUCAUACUGCACAUUAGCAUCAUUUGAUGAUAAGGAAAAUCGUACACCUCAGAGCCAAUCUAAUGAGAAAAAUGUUCAUAAAGAAAGCUCUUCGAAGGAAAGUACUCCUAAGAAAUCAUCGAACAUUCCUUCAGAGCAUCAACAUAAGACAAAACCACUAUCAACGAUUAAUCAAAAUCAACAACAGUUCAGUAAUAGUACUGGUAGAAAACGUAAUUUGAAUAGUCCCAGAGCCCAACUUAACAGAAAUCGUUCGUGGAUCAAUCACUCUUUCAACGUAGGCUAUGGUCCACAUCCAAUAAAUCAAACUUGGUACAACGUUAUGCCACCAUACUUUUUGGGUGGUCCAUCUCCUCCACCCUUCAUGGGCCCUCGAGGACACAAAUGGAUACAUCCAUCAUCUUAUCCAACAGGUUCUACACGUUUCCAUCGUUGGUCUAAUAAACCUACUCUUAAAGUAUGAACUGCAUCGGACUAUCAAUGAAAUCCAUUUUUAACAUGUAUAUUUGGUUGUUCUAUGACAUCGCUGUUCUAAAAGAAAUAGUUAUGGACAAAGUAAUGACAAUUUAUUCAAAAUUAUUAUAAUCCUGCACAAGGGUACUGUCAGGUAGUGAAAAUCUUUAACUGGCCUAUAUAAUACUUUUAUGAUAAACUCGUUAAAUUUUUUUAUUGUAAAAUCUAAUUAAAUUUAGUUUAAACUGUUAGAAAUGGAUUUCCUAAUUUCUAUUCUUAGUCAAUGAUAAAUGAUCGACUCUAUACUUACAAAUGACCUUCUUCGAACCGCGAUUAAGGCUUACGAUUUUUUACUAUAAAAAUGAUGUUACACUAUUAUAUAUAUAUAUAUACAUAUAUAUAUGCAGGCUGUUUAAUGGAUUGAUAGCUGUGUUUAUCUCCGAAUGCAAAAUUGCUUGAGAAAUAGCGUACUACCAUCGAUAUUAAUAGGUUUUUUUAUAAAUAUCAAUAUAAAAAAUAUGCAAAGAAAUUCAUGAAAUAGUUUCGCUGCGAUGUAUUGUUAAAGACAAGAACCAUUGAUACUAAGUAGGUUAGCCAUUUACAAAGUGAAUGCAGUAUUGAUUUUAUACGUCUUUAUAUUGAACGUUUAAAUUUAUGACUGUACUCGUACAUACAAUAACGGUUGAUUUGCAUAGUAAUCUACUCUUUUACGAGGAUUGUGAUGCAGAAGCAUUAAAAUUUAAAAUUAUUUUCGUUUAAAAAUAUUUCGUUUAUAAUAGGUUAACAGUGUUGGUUGAGUAUUUCCUUUCAGCUUGUCUCUUUGUACAUUCAAAUAUGUGCAACUCAAACAUUUAUGUAGGCAGAUAGAUCUUUUUACGUACUUUAGGUGUAGGCUGAAAUAGUUUCACGCUAAAAGCACUUUCUAACUGAAUUAUAAAACAGUGAUACCUGUGUUUAACAUAAUAUUACAUGCAACUCUUGUUCAUGAACAUAUCAGUUUUAUUCUAGUCAUCAAACAAAUGCAUUUUUUACUUAAAACGUCUAAACUGAGAAUAUUGUCACAUCCACAUUAAUAUGCGAUUUAAUGCAUGAUUACAUGUUGAAAUUAAAUGUAUUUUGCUGGCAACAUUUAUGAGUUCUAAGCAGUACGAGGGUAGAAUAGAAUACAAUUUCCAAUUUCCUAGAUGUAGUCUCUCUUAUAUUUUCAGUAGUUUUCAGUAAUUUCCAGUAAUAUUUAAAUAAAACAUUAGUUUGAUUCAGGUUGUCUGUUCUUGCAUUUAUUGAGACAUUAAUUUCAUGCAUUAUCCGAGUUUCUAGUUUUGUUACUUGGAAUUAUAAUUAUCCGUGAUUUUAUGAGUUAAUGAAAUAUUUCAGGACCAGGAAGUACGCUAUUAAAAAUUUAAAUGAAGUUUUGAUACAUAUAUAUUUAACAAUAGUAUGUUGUAAUCUGCAGAGUUGUGCAAUGUUUGUGUGUUUACAAAUUCUAUAGACGAACAAAGAAUCAAGUACUUUAACUUGCUGGGUACAGCUGCAGCAUUCUCCUUUGAAUUAAUUUGGUGGUAUCAAAAAUGUUUAUGUAUCAUCAUUAUACAAAGCAUCUUGUUUAUUAGUAUUUAUACAAGUCAGAGUUUUUACUUUGACCGUGUUGAUGUAACCAGCAGUAAAUAAUCCUUAAGUAACCCGCAGUGAUCAAAUGUUUGUAAAGGCAUCAUUUCCGUUAAAUGCUUUAAGAUUGUUGGUUCAAAUACGAUCAGCUCCUCUCCUUGCAUCGAUCGUUAAAUGACUUAUGUGUUCAAUUUAUCAGUACAACUUAACAAUCAAGGUUCUCAUAAUGAUUAAUAUAAAAUAGGGAAAUUAUGUAUAAUGCAAAAUUGAAGUAUAUAAUCUAUACGUAGAGUAAAGCAACGUUGCAUUCGGAUGCUGUUUUAUUAAUAUAUAUAGAUAUAUAUAAACAUAAAUGUAUGUUUGGGUGUAUGUAUAUAUGUAUGUGCGGACAGCGUAUAUACAUAUAUAAUAUCAGCUAAUGCUGUGACACUUGCAGAAAUACUUUUUCUUGCUUGGUUAGUCUAAUGAUAUGACAAUGCUGCACUGUAACUACGUGAAUUUACGCAUUUUUCCACUGGUGAAAGUACAUUAUACAUUUAUACACAUUAACACAUUGCUUCAUGUUAUUGGUAACCAUUAAUAAAUAAUGUAAACAUGAGGUAAUGUAGGCUGCGAUAUUUUAUUUGAAGUAUGGGUACAAUCAAGUUUUACUUUUGGAGUUAGCAAUGUAAGAUAAUUAUUUCAUGCACUUUUUCUUUGAGUACUGACCCUUCUAUUGUUAUGGGAGGAUUGAAGUUUUCGCUUAUGUAGUUGAACAUAUACGUCACAGAAUUUAAUGUAUGAAUAUGCGUGUUCUUUCAUUUGAUCAAUGUUUCAAAACAAAAUGCAUUAUGAUUUGUGUAUUGCAGUGGGCGAUGUAGAAUAUGUUUUAAUGAUUUAAAAGACGAAUUAUGACAUUUUUGGUUCUAUUAUUACUGUUUUAAAAAACAAAAUAUGUAUUCAUCCUUAUGUAAAUAUUAUCCGGGAUAGUGUAAACAAAGGUUUUUAAUAAUAUUAAGUAUGUAUCUUGCCUAACAAAUAGAAAGUAAAAAAUC